AUAGAGAGAGAGAACGACAUGUCGCCGAUGAGAUACCGGACGGCGAUUCGGAGCAAAAUCCGACUGCCGUUUCCGUUCCGGUCGCAUCUGUACUCCUCUGAGUCUAGGAUUGAGUGCAGGUCUGAACCACGGUCUUCGUUCGGAAUUGCGUUUGACAUUGACGGAGUUAUUCUCGGUGGCCGUGCUCCGAUCGGCGGCUCUCCUCAAGCUUUGAAGAAGCUGUAUGGAGAUUCCGGUAAUUUGAAGGUUCCGUUUGUGUUUUUGACCAAUGGAGGUGGCAUCCCGGAGUCGAGAAGAGCUGCUGAACUAAGUGAAGUUCUGGGAGUCAAUAUCCUGCCUUCUCAGGUCGUACAGGGUCACACACCUUUUAGAACCUUGUUGAGGAGAUAUGAGAAUGAAUUGAUUGUUGCUGUUGGAAAAGGGGAACCAGCUCUUGUAAUGUCAGAGUAUGGUUUCAAAAAAGUUCUCUCAUUAGAUGAGUAUGCAUCCUACUUCAAAGAUAUUGACCCGGUAGCUCAAUAUAAGAUGUGGAGAACUAAGGAGGCAUUGUAUUGCAGUAGCCACUUGGAGGAAUCAGUGCCAAGAUAUGAUGUAUACUCGGACAGGGUUAGUGCUGCUUUUGUCGUUAGUGAUCCUGUAGAUUGGGGCAGGGACAUUCAGGUUCUCUGUGAUAUUUUAAGAUCUGGAGGGAUUCCUGGAUGGAAGAAUGGCAAUCAGCCACCCCUUUAUUUUGCCGCAGAUGACCUUGAAUAUCAGGCUGCAUUUCCUUCUCAAAGACUUGGAAUGGGUGCUUUCAGAAUUGCUCUAGAAAGCAUCUUCAACAGGAUUCACCAUAGUACUUUGGAAUAUGUAUCUUUCGGGAAGCCCAAUCCGUUUGUAUUUAAGAACUCUGAAGCUUUGUUGGCAGAGUUUCGACCAUCUCAAUAUGAUGAUCAUAUUACAAAUAGUGGAUGCUCCCAUUCACAUGGUUUUAGAACCCUAUAUAUGAUUGGGGACAACCCUUUGGUUGAUGUCAAAGGUGCUCAACAGGCCGGACAUCCCUGGUUUUCUAUUUUGACAAGGACUGGUGUUUUUAAGGGAAAAGAUAAUCAUAAGGAGUUCCCAGCAGAUAUGGUUGUGGAUACUGUAGAAGAGGCAGUGGACUUCAUUCUGAAAAGGGAAGGAACUUUUUAACCCCUCCCAGUAAAUAGAAGCUUCGGGCAGGAGAGAUCAAGUGGUAUUUCUGCAACUAUUAGCUCAAACUGAAACAAAACGACAAUUCAUCUCAUCAUUAGUGAGCCUAUUUUCCUCCUUUCUUGACCUUAGACAUUUGCAAUAUCGGCCACUUUUGUCAGUCUCAAGAAUCCUUCCACUGAACAGACAAAGCACGUUUACUCUUUGAUCGAAAAUAUUCAGGCGCUCAGGGUUGUAACUGUAUUCCUCAGGAACCAAGUUUGACUUGAAGAUACCCUAUGUCUGUUAAUUGUACCCCUCAUGAGAAUGUGAUCAAUCUAAACUCUAAGUUCAGCUCCAAAG